AUGAUGCUGGGAUGGUUGACGCGCUGCCUGCCGGGGUUUAGCAUCAUUGGCCUGGCAAUCCUGUUGCUGUGUGCUUUCUCCGACAUCUGCAAAUCCUCCAUCUGGAAUAGCUUCUUCCCUCCAAAUCCAGUUCAUCCUAGCAAACCACCGCCACAAGAUGGGUUCUGGAGCGGGCUUAACUUGGCACAGGCCAUCUUCAUCAUCUACGCAGUGCUCAUCCACUGCCACAUGCUCGGCUUCACGCUGCGCCUGGGUUGGUCCAUCUUUAGCGCAACCACCAGCGCAAAGCAGGCCCUCAACCGGCGCAUCUGCCGCAGCCCUAUCCAGUCACCACAGAUGACCGGCGAGGAGCCGAUUGAGCAGCCUCUAUCCCCGAUCUCGCUGGCGUCCGACUCGUCGAUCUCCAAAAAGUUUGAUGACGCUAAUAUUACCGUGAACGAGUCCCAGGAGGAGGAGCUGAUUCAUGCGAUCAUUAUUCCCAAUUACUGCGAGGACCUGCACACUCUAGAGACCACCCUCAAGGUACUGGCUAGCCACCCGCGUGCCAAAAGACACUAUGAGAUUUACCUGGCUAUGGAACAGAAAGAGGCUACCGCUACCGACAAAGCAUCCCAUUUGGUUUCCAUGUUCGAAAAGUCUUUCCUGCACAUUCGAUCUACCUUCCAUCCGCCCGGUAUCCCGGGCGAAAUUGCGGGCAAGAGCUCUAAUGUGGCCUGUGCUGCGCGCUCCAUUAUCGAGAUUCAUCGCCCGGAGCUGAAGAUGGACUGUUGCAAUGUCGUGGUGACGGUUAUGGAUGCGGACACUCACCUCUCGCGCGACUACUUUACUGAAAUCCGCCGACUGCACUACUCACACAUCACCGAGGGUAACCGGACCAUUUACUGCUGCCCCAUCAUCUUUGACCGUAACUCUCACGAGAGCCCUGCUCUCGUCCGAUGCGCCGAUCUGCUCUGGGCCUUCGCCGGCUUAUCCACAAUGUACCCAGGCACCUGGAUCUCCAUUCCCACCUCCGUGUACUCCCUCCCACUCUCCAUGGCCGAGAAGGUCGGUGGAUGGGACGCAGACCCGACGGCGAUCGGCGAGGAUAUGCACAUGCUGCUCAAGUGCUACUUUGAGACGGCAGGCAAUGUGAUCUCGCGCGUGAUCCACGUUCCCGCCAGCCAGUGUAAUGUCUCCGCUGACAGUGGUCGUGGUUGGCGCCGUACAGUGGACACCCUCUUCGCCCGGUACCGUCAGGCCCUGCGACACAUGUGGGGAGCUCUGGACUCGGGUUUCGCAGCGCGUCGCACAGUGAGCUACCUCCGCUUCAACCAGCGGUGUCUCUUCCUGCGCCCUCGGCACUUUGCCCUCCUCGAGCUCCUCUGGGAAGCGCACUUCAUGCCCUGCCAUCUGACCAUCAUCAUGUUAUUCUCCGUCAUAUAUUCCGCUUGUAUGCCAGCAUCACAGCUACACCCCUCGCUUGCCUGGGCCUUCUCCUUCACCGACCUCCUCCGCGCGCUGUCUUUCAUCGGAAUGAACAUCUGUCUGAGUCUAUACGAGCGCUGGCACACACUCUGCCUCAACACUCGGAUGCAAGACAUGCGCGAGGCUAAUCUCCCCGACACCGGCUGCUCACAGCGCAUCUGGUACCAACCAAAGUACCUACUGGAUCGAGUCUGCUUCCCUGUCGCGGGUACACUCUUUGGCGCCGUGCCCACCCUGCAUGCCGUCUUUGCGCACUUCUGGACAGACCGGCUAGUCUACCGCGUCAGCAAGAAGCCAACCUUUAAACAAGAUGCAGCGGGCCUGGCAUAA